UUGUUGCCCUAGUAACCCACCCUACAAACAAAAUGGCGGAAGAGGAAGCUGGAGGAGCUGCUGGUGGAGAAGCUGCUGCCCCGACUGGAGGAGAAGCAACCUCUGCCGGUGGAUAUGAUUAUAGAAAAGUUCAUAACUACCCACUGAUUAAGUUCUCAGACAUGAAUGAAGAAAUGAGAGUGGAGGCUAUGGAGCUCUGUGUAACAGCAUGCGAGAAACACGCAAGCUCUAACGAGGCUGCUGCAAAGAUGAUAAAAGAGACUAUGGAUAAGAAGUUUGGUGCUUCCUGGCACGCUGUGGUUGGAGAGGGCUACGGGUUUGAAGUGACUCACGAAGUAAAGAACAUGAUGUACAUGUUCUUUGGUGGGACUAUGGCAAUAUGCUUAUGGAAAUGUGCUUGACUUAACAUGCAUACACUACACACAUACAUAAAUAAAUCAGUUAUGAUACUAAGUGUUUUUUCUCUUGUGAAAAUCAGUGG